UAUAGAAUGAAGAGAAGAAGAAACGCAUCGAUCACCCCCAACCAUAAACGAGUUGACAUAUAUCUAACACCUUCCUCACACAUUACCAUUCAUUUAUAUCUAACCACAAACCAAUAAACAGCUAUUUAUUACCUAACCUACCACAUAAUUACGAUUCAAUUCAUUUCAUACUAGAGCUUGCAAUCAACAAAAAUCUCAACAUAUUUGACAAACCACAAACCAGUAUAGCAAACAACAGAUUGCAAUGCUUUAUCCAAUUCAAACAAGAUUAAAAAGCAACUAUGAUGACGAAAUUAAACAGAGCAAAGACACUGGUUUAAUCCAACUCUCUAAUUCAGUUCAAGCAACAAUAAAAUUCAACAGCAACCGCAACAAAACUCACAAACGACCAACUCUCUAAUUCAGUUCAAGCCACAAUAAAUUUAGUUCAACAAAUAGAUUGAUUUUAUCCGAUUCAAAAGAUAAAAGACACGGGUUUUACCUUUUAGAAAGGAUUGUGGGGGGUUUUGUCUGAGAGAUAGAAAGGUUUAGCCUGGAUCGUCCCUCCUGAUCAAACCAUCCGAAGACACAAAGACAAACAAAAUUAUAACAAGUCAGUCGAUUGAACUUCUCUAGAUUCACGAUGAAAUACUACAAUCUAAAGACAUGCAUGAUUGAAAUAAUCAAACAGAGAGACAUAUGAACUCAUCUUUGCCUUUCGAUUCGCCGACAGUCACCGUUUUGCUUCGUCUCCGACACCAACCACGAGAGAUAUCUCCCCGUUUCCCUUGGUCGAUGAGAGCAACCAUUAGAGGGGACGUCGUUUUCCGUCGUCGACAUGAGCCACCGAGAGACACGCCGUUGGUUGAGUAGAGCCACCGAGAAGAAGAGAAAUCGCCAUUUCGUCGCCGGAGAGGAGAGAAGGAAAAGAUAAAGAAGGAAAAGAGAAAGAAGUCGAUGUUUCGCGACAACACCGAUCCUCUCUCCAAUGGAAUCACGCCACGUGGCCAUAAGGACGGUGCCUUCGCUCCCUUAAUUAAGGGACGCGUCUUCCGUUUAAAUGCACUUUCCAUUUAAUUUUAAUCACAUUUAAUCUAAGCUCCCUUGUUAAGGGAUUGCAAUAAACCUGCUCUUAUAUACCUAAUUAACUAUGUAGUUUUAUUAUGUUAUACUCUUAAAUCAUAGCAUUAUAUAUGAAAAUGUAGCAAGGGGGUUUGUUUACGCCAAUGAUCCGGAAAUUAAAGAAUACGGGCUUCCACAUUUUUCAAACUUUAAUCACAGACUAUAAGAAGCAUUGAUUCAUAUCCUCCACCAAAAUAAUGCAAUAUGUAACAACUAGUGAUGGUUACAUUAUAUGCUUUCUUUUUCAGAAGUGAGCUAAUCUGAUUCAAUCAAGUCUCAUAUGAAAGGAAAAUGGAAAAGGACAUUGCCAAUAGAUACGACAUUUUUAGAAACUCUACUGGGAAAGUACAUCACAAUACUUGUUCGUUGUACUUUUUCUCUAUAAACAUUGUGUAACGACCCGGUUUUCUUAACUGGAAUUGGUUUGUGUUUCUCAUUAAUUAAAUUGGUAAACCAAUCUAGUUUUGUUCAAUUAAGUAUAAAUCCAAAAAGCAAAUUGGUUUCUUAGGUUUUAUUAAUCGUUGCCUUAUAUAAAUACACAAAAGUGUUUAUAUCUUCAUCUAUCUCAAAACCCUAGCCGCUUAACCUCACGCCUCCACUACUUCUCCAUUUUUCUUCUUCACGAUCGUGUAACAUCACUUAGUGGUUUGUACGUCAUCUUGAUCAACAUUCACCACUCGGAGGAGCCUUGCCAUGCUGGAGUUGAUGAAGAUCACCGGAGACCAAGCCUUGUGAUUGGACGUUGUCUUUGCCUCGUGCCGGUGGUGGUACACUCGCCAUGGUGAUAGCCGACGAGCAAACCGGAGCCGCCGCGUUCCUCUCUGUCGACCAUCAGCAUAUACCGACGUGAACGCUUGGUCAUUGGAGAUGAGAUGUGUUGACGGAGAGCCAUAGAUGCAGCCUCGUGACGUUACAUACAUGGUUGGUGAUGUAAAGAACAUGAUCAAAGACGUGAAGGGUUAAGUGUGGUCCUUCCUUGUUUGCUUGCGCAUCAAGUUAUGUGAAGCCGUAAAUCUAACUAAACUAAUUGCCAUUUUUCUUUUGUGUUAAUGUUUUAUGUGUUCGGAUGGUCCUCCGGAUGUGCCACUUUUUCAAACCAAUCCAAGGUGAAACCUUAGCUUUCUUGGUGAUCAAGUCAUGUCAUUGUUUUCCAAUCUGAUUCUGGUUCUCGAUAUUGGCUAAGGUGAGGGCUAUUCCGUCUAAUCUUGUGCUAGUUUAGUACUACUAUUAUGGAAAGUCUAGUUUCGAAACAUGAUUUGUCUCUAUGAAUCGAGUAUGUUUGAGAGUCUUGUUUGUUUAUUAUUGUUAUUGAUUGUUAAAUCGGAAUUAGGAUAAUAGAAGAUUCAACAGUUGAAUGAAUUGAGUAGUGAUGUUAAAACUGCUAUAUAUAUGUAUAUAAAUAUAUAAGUCCGUUUGUGUGAUUGCGGGUGCACAAAGACGUUUGUGUAAGCCGCCGACGAGCAGUGUGAUUGUGGGUGCACAAAGACAUUUGUGUAAGCCGCCGACGAGCAGUGUGAUUGCGGGUAAACAAAGACGUUUGUGUAAGCCGCCGACGAGCAGUGAGAUUGCGGGUGCACAAAGACGUUUGUGUAAGCCGCCGACGCGCAGAUUCUGGGAGUACAUAGAUGGACUACUGUACACCUGGAGAUAUACAUAUAUCCUUAUGAGGAAAUGUGGGGUGCAUAGAGUAGCAUGUACUAUCAGCGCACUGGAUGUUUUAUGUGGUGUAUUAGACAAUGUUAUUGUUUCAUGCUAGAGAUAGGCCUACAUGGUCGUAGUGCUAUGUACUGAGUCAGUGGUUUGCGGUUUAGCAUCCCAUACCUUACGGAGUAACUCCCCUGUUACUCACCACUCUAUCUUCCCCUUUCAGGUGAACAUGACGAGUAGUUGGAUAUGUGGACGGAUUGGUGUCUUGAGAUCGUUGUAUUUUAUUUUGGUUUUAAUUAACUUUUCGAUUUAAUGAAUUUGGUUUUAAAUUAUAAACUUGUUUUAUUUGGAAAUUAUUUGAUUAAAAGGUUUGACAUUUUAUUCGGUUUUAUAAAUCGGUUUAAUUUGGUAUUUUUUUGUUAGUAGCACGCCGUUCUCGAGAGAGGAGGAGACUGGUGUUACAACUGGUAUCAGAGCUGGUUAGCCAUCUCAGUUCUGACCUGAGAGGCUUCUUGAGACCUGUCGUGGGGUGCAACGAGGACGUUGUGUUCUUUGAGAGGGGGUGAAUUGUAACAUCCCGAGUUGUGAUAUGUGAAAAGGCUUAAGAGAAUUGAUUUGGCUACCUAUGUCACCUAAGUUGACUUACUUUUUCUGGAGCACAUCCUAAAAGAACUCCAGAGUUAAGCGUGCUUGAGCUAGAGUAGUAGAAGGAUGAGUGACCUAUCGGGAAGUGAUUCGUGAUAGCAUGCGAGUGAGGCCAAAGCAUGGGAAAAUAUCGGGUGGUGAUUGCAGGGUCAGUAAACAAUGAUUUCGAUCCUUUAGAAAAAUUAACGGACCGAUCGUUGGAACGGGAUGGGGCCCACGGGCCGAGAGAGCGGACAUGGGUGGCCCAUUAGCCGUAGGCGGUCGGGGCGUUACAGAUAGUUCGAACUGUACAAAUCUCAGAGCACUAUCUGAUGGUUUUGGGUUAAAGUUUAAGGUGUAAAGCAAGACCAUGUGGUUGGAUAAUUGAGAUGAUUGUUUCCCUUUGAUUCCUUAAUUUAAACAUCUCCAUGCUUUUGUAUCCUUUCUUUUCUUCUCUUCUUUUGGUUAUAUUGCAUCACUCCUAAGGAAGUUAUUAACAGUCUGCAGGAUAAACUAGAAACCGUGAUAGCUAAAGAUGAAAAACCCACAGGUCAAGUUACCUACCAAGGCUCAUGUAGUUCUAUAACUAUUUUUAACCUGGGCUCAGUAAGAUACUGUAGGCAAUCAAACAACAUGAAGGCAAAGAAACAGUACUAGAGACAGUAAAUAUUUUUUUUGUGGACCUGGUUCUCAAUAAUGCAAGUUGCAAAUAACAACUAGAAGAAGAGAGGUCAAGAUCUUGAAAUAUUUGCAAGCUGGAUAUUAGUAUCACAGUUAUGCAGCAGGUACAUAUAGUUUCUUACUUGGCAGUUAUGCAUGACUUUACUUUAGCUACACUUUCUGAGUUCAAGCACAAGGUGUGUUUCUCUUUGAUGACAUGACUAAUACAACAGCGAAAGUCCCCUACUGUGAAGCACUUGAGGAGGCUUUAAUGUGAGGUGAUUGUUAGUGGACAAGCUUUUGAAGUGCCUAACCAACACAUGUCAGUAUUCAGAGAAAGUUAUAUAAUUCAGGUGCUUUCCGAAAAGUUACUGAUGUCUACAGAAAACGAGAAAACACAAAUGUAACGGUAGCAGCUAAUAUCAAAGCACCGCUAUCAAAUGGAAGAUAUUGGAUUAUGUAUUAGCACUGACAGAGAUACAAGAUUAAUGAACACGGUGGGGAAUGUGAGUUUAUUGCGAGUAACUUCACCUACUACUUUUACGUUACAUGUGCAGUUUAACAGUGUAUAGUAGGAGUCAGAAGCCUUAAUAUCUACCAGAACAUGACAGGUAAUCAUAAAUUUGAAGCUUCCCGACGUUUUAUAAUUAUCAAAGAAUGAUAAUACCCAUUGUAAAAUGUAUUUUUUUUUCAUUGUAAAUGUUUCUUACACAAGAAACGUGGAUGAGUUUAAGAUGAUCAUCUUUUAUCUCAAACAGUUCCCCUUGCCGUUCAGUUCCAAGGACACCUAUAAUCAAAAGAAAGAGAUGAGAAGCAAAGAAACUCGAUACAAAGGACACCCUUCAACAAACUAGAUGCCUAUUAUAUACAGGUUUGCAUUAUCCCUAAAGUUGACCAACGAACCGAACGGUUAAAUUAAAAGGCACGGUUCAUGAAUUUUAAACCAGUUUAACAAUUGGACCCGUCGAACCGUAUAAAAAAUCUGAAGACGUACUAGCCGGCUAAAAAAUAGAAUUCUCACAAAGGCCCAUGAAAGCCCAAUUAUGGUGUCCUGCUUUCUUAUUUGGUGUCUGUCUACCUACUUAGGAAAUACACAAAUACUAACCCAAAAAUAACAAUCUGGUUCUCAUCCGGUUCAACAAUCUAGCAUAACAAUAGAAAUCUAUAGGCGUAUAAAUCCCCACUUGUCUGGCCCCAUACACAGGUUGAUCGAUUCAAAGGUUUUCAUGGUUUUUUUUGCAUCUAACUACUAAGAUUCUAAUUUGUAUUUCUGUUGAGACACACAUGUGAGCAUAAUCUAGGGUUUGGAAACUUAAAUUUAUUAUGUAUUUUGCAAUUACAACCAUGUAGCUUGCACGUGUGUCCUAGCCAAUAAUAAAUUGGCACUUGUAAUUUACCAAGAAGACAAAAUCGUCAGCGAGAACUCCUGAUUGUGGCGUGGAUCAGACCAGCGUUGUUGAUGCUUAGGCAUGGGGCAAGUACCAGGGUCUGUCUCUAUCAUCAACAACAUUUUCUUUAUUCCAUUACCAUAUUUUAUUAAUUGAUCCAAACGAAAUUCAAUAGAAAUUCUUAUAUUCUAUCUAUAAAAAUUAAAAACCAAUCUUUGUGUACCAUCAUCUGUCCUCUUCUUUGUUCAUCAUCUACAAGCAUAAUCAUUUCUACUGCAAAUCAUCUCUAUAACCUUUCUGUUCUUGUUUUAUUCAUUCUUAGAGGUUUUGUUUUUUCACCUUCAAGUUCAACCACUUAACUAUUCAUGUCUUUAUGCUAUGCUUUAUUUGACGAUCGAUGAUUUCAUUAAUACUUUUUCAGAAAUGGAAGUCAACUCUACUGAAACACCAUUGCUUUCGUCAAACGAUCACGAAGCUGAAGUUUACAAACCGAAGUUAACCUGUUCGGUUUCUACAAUGAAAUCGAAUUUCUUCACGGGUUUGCCUCGAAAACUUCGGUCUAAAAUCGAUCCGGAAGACCCUUUUCACAUUGAUUUCUCCAACGUCGUCGGUCUUACUAGAGACGAGAAGAAAUACUACAAACGACAAUUGGCAACACUAAAAUCUUUUGAGGAAGUAGAAAGUUUCAUAGCUCGAUCUGAAGACCAUGUAAUCAAUGAAAAAAGAGAAGAAGAAGAUCGAGCUGAGAGAGCUGCACAAGAGAUGGCCAUGCAAAUCUCCAACUGGGCUAACAUAUUCUUACUUGCUCUCAAGAUAUAUGCUACGAUAAAGAGUGGAUCAAUAGCAAUUGCAGCAUCAACACUCGACUCUUUGCUUGAUCUAAUGGCAGGAGGAAUACUUUGGUUCACACAUUUAUCAAUGAUAAACAUAAAUAUUUACAAAUAUCCCAUUGGAAAACUUAGGGUGCAACCUGUUGGAAUCAUCAUUUUCGCUGCGGUUAUGGCCACUCUUGGGUUUCAAGUUCUGCUUGUGGCAGCUGAACAAUUGAUUGCAAAUGAACCUCCAGAAAAAAUGAGAGAUGACCAAUUAGUUUGGUUAUAUUCAAUCAUGCUAAGUGCAACAGCUAUUAAACUUGUUUUGUGGAUCUACUGUAAAAGGUCGAGAAACCAUAUCGUCCGUGCAUAUGCAAAGGAUCACCACUUUGAUGUGGUGACAAACGUUCUUGGACUAAUCUCGGCCGUUCUUGGGAAUGCUUUCUAUUGGUGGAUUGAUCCUGCUGGUGCUAUUCUCUUAGCCAUCUACACUAUUAUCAAUUGGUCUGGGACCGUUAUGGAAAAUGCAGUCUCAUUGAUCGGACAGGCAGCUCCUCCAGAAGUUUUACAGAAGUUGACAUACUUAGUGUUGCGACAAGGCGCAGAUAAUAUUAAAUGUGUUGAUACUAUCCGCGCCUAUACAUUUGGUGUUCUUUACUUUGUCGAGGUGGAUAUAGAACUCCCAGAAAAUUUGCAACUAAAGGAAGCUCAUGCAAUUGGUGAAUCAUUGCAAAUAAAACUCGAAGAACUUCCAGAAGUGGAAAGAGCUUUUGUUCAUCUCGAUUUCGAGAGUCGUCACAAGCCUGAACACUCAGUCUUCUCUACAAUUCCAAAUGAUUUGUAAUAAUAUUUAUUUAUAUAUGUGUGUGUAUGUGGUUUUAUGUAUUAGUACUAUCUGAUAUCUGUAGCUUGAUAUAUUGCACUUUGAAUUAUUUAUUGUUGAGUUUUUGCUUUAAUAAACUUUUGGCUCAUUGGAUACUAACAUUUUAUGUUUUUUUCAACUCGUAAAAAAAUUAUAUAUAAAUUGACAUUUUAUUUAGUUGGCAUAACAUGAUAAUAUGUCAUCAAGACCAAACACUUACA